UUUAAAAGUUAAUUUUAUUGUUUUACGCUGAUGACAGCCAUAGACUUUUGGACAUUGGAGGUUCACCAAUGGUUUUGUUUACAAACUUUGUUUGUUAGGUAAAACUUUACUGUUUACAACCUAAAGCGUGUCAUAUGGUUUUAACUGAAAGGUAAACAGUCAAGACAUGGGGACUAUGGAAGAAACUACGAAGGCCCGGUGACUUGGAUACAGAUAAAUAACAAGGAAAUUUGUAGAGGCUUCAUAAAAUGUUUGAACUCAUUUGACCCUAGAAAGCAUACAAAAUGGGCGAGCAGGGAGCAGCUCUUCAAAAGUACAACCAAGAACUGGUAAAAUGUAUUGAGACGUUAAAAAUAAAAAGGAAUGAAGUCCUCAGUGAAAUUGAAAAAGAAGAAAACAUCAAAUCAGAACUUGAAUCGAAACUAUCUGCCUUAAAAUCACAAUUGGACGAUGUCAAUGCAAGUCUUAGAAAAAAAUAUGACAUAAGGCAAAGUUAUGAUUCGGCAAUCAAAGAGUCCGAAGUUGCUUACAUGAAGAUUUUGGAAAGUUCGGAGGUCUUGCUGAACAAGGUCCGAAGGGAUAGUGAAAUUAUAGAAGACAACUACAUCUAAGCCACUUUUUUAAAAUAAUGAAUUCAUUUUAUUAUUACUAUCACUAAUUACUUAAAACAAAAAAUUAAAUACCCAAUUUCAUUGUUACUAUU